AUGAGACCAAAAGAAUCAGAUGUAUAUAAAAGAAUUCGUUUAUUGGGAUAAGGAUCAUUUGGAAAAGCUUAUCUUUGUGAUUGUUUAAAAGAUCACUCUUUAUGUGUGAUUAAACAAAUGGACAUGAGAUAUUUAAAUGAUUAGGAAAAAAAAGUAAAUUAUUUAGAUAUUUAAAUCAGGAAACAUAUAGAGAAUUCAGAAUAAUGUCUGAAUUGAAGCAUCCAAAUAUAAUAAAUUUUAGAGAAGUUUAUAAGACUGUAAAGGGGAAAUUAUGUAUAGUGAUGGAUUAUGCUGAAGGUAAUCAUAUAUAAAAAAUAAAUUAGGUGGUGAUUUAGCUUAAGUGUUAAAGAAUACAGAUGGAUAUAUAGCAGAGUCUAGGAUUUUGGACUGGUUUACUUAAAUGUGUCUUGCAAUAAAACAUUGUCAUGAUCGUAAGAUUAUUCAUAGAGAUAUAAAAACUUAAAAUAUGUUCCUAACAAAAGAUAUGAGAAUUCGUUUAGGAGAUUUUGGAAUAGCUAGAUUAUUGAACAAUACAAGGGACAAAGCAAAAACAAUGGUUGGUACUCCCUAUUAUUUGGCACCUGAAUUAUUGGAAAAUAAACCAUAUAGUUUUAAAGGUGAUAUAUGGUCACUUGGAGUUAUACUCUAUGAAGUAAUCGAAUGAAUAUUAAAAAUUAGAUGUGUGCUAAGACUCCUCCAUUUACUGCUGAAUCGUUGGCAUAAUUAGCUCUAAAAAUAGUGCGUGGUUAAUUUUAAGCUAUUCCAAAUGUUUAUUCAUCCUAAUUAAGAACGUAAAACUAAUCUUAUAAUUAAACAAAGAUAGCCUUGUGAAUUAGCUUUUAACAGUUAACCCUGAAAAGAGACCAGCUGUUCACUAAAUACUUAAGAUGCCCAUCAUAACAAACAGAAUUAAGAACUUUUUAUCAGAAACUAUGAAAAGAAGUGAAUUUGAUCACACAAUUCUCCAUAACCAACAGAUACAUUUAUCUGAUACAACUAUUCCUUUAAUUGAUGAUUAAGAUGCAAAAGGAGACUUAAUAGAGUAAAUAACUUCAAAAGAGAAUCAAAUAAAGUAAUUGCCAGGUAUUAAGAGUCCCCCCUUUAAUUUAUAAAAGUAAAGAAAGAAUAGUGAUUUAAAGAAACUACCUGAAAUUAAAUUAUCAAAACCUGAGAGACCACCAAUAACAAGAUAAUAAACUAGUAGAUAAUAAUUGAAUCAACUUCCUAGUUAAAGAGUAUAACCAUCUACUCCUGAAAUAGGCAUUAAUAAUAAACAAAAAAACGGACGUUUUAUAACAAAAGAAAGUCCUGAUUCAUAUUAAGGUUCAGAUUAAAUUUUAGAAGAAGGAACUAAAAAUAGUGAAUAAGAAAGUCCUAAAUUCUUUAAAAAAAAUAUUGAAAUUAAACCUCAUAUAAAAAAUAUUAAGGGUCUUACAAAAUUAGAUUAAAUUUAGAAAAUUAAACUUGGAUUGAAAUCUGAUGAUGAUGCUAAAAAACCUAUUUAUAGAGUUCAUGCAUAACCAAAAAUAGUUGAAUAAUAAAAAUAGAAGGAACGAAAGGUAUCUGAAGAAAUUGUUUCAUAUUAUUAAAAAUAAGAGGAUUCAUUAAAUUAAUAGCAUUAAUUAGAAAAAAUUUCAGAAACUCCAGAAUAAAAAUUACUUAAUUAAUCAACCAUCAGUGAUUUUUAAAAUUCAGAAGAAAAUAUUGAUAAUAAUAAAAAAUAAAGUAUAUUGACACCUGGUUUUGAAUUGCAUAUAGAAAAAUAAUUUCAAGCACUUGAUAUUAUUUCAAAGAAACCAAUAAAAAUAAUCAAAGAGUCAAUUUCAAAAACAGAUGAAGAGAAAAAUAAGAAAAAAAUAUACAAAAUCAUUUAUAGAGAUCCUUUUUUAAAAAAACCUAAAACAUAGAAACGAAACAGCGAAGAAGAUAUGAAAGAAAUGAUAAAUGAACUGAAAAAUGUUCUUGUAAAGAAAUUACAUAUAUUAAAUAGUCGGAUUAAUAAAAAAAAUCAGAAGAACCAAAUCUAAAAAAUGAAGUUGAAUCUGAAGAUUCUAGAAUCUAUUCUGAAGAAUCAAGCGAAGAUUUAAGAGAUGAUGCUGAUACUCUGCCACCAAAAACAUAAGUUAAUACUUGGAUGUAAAGUAAUACUGAAGCUGUUAAUGUAUCACAAUCAUAACCAGAACCAAGAAGGAAAAUUAAUAGUAAUUAAAGAAGCUUGAAAGACAAACUAGUUGAUGAAUUAGGACAUCAUUUUGAAUAAUUAUUUAGAUUAGCUAAAUUAUGCUCACAUUUAGAGGAUUUGGGAAAACAACACAUAAAAAUGGCUAUUAUGGAUAACCUUAUAAUAGAUGAAAAUAGAGCAGAAACUUGUGCAACUCUCUUGGUUACAUUAGCCACAAUUGGUUACUGA